GUCCCGAAUCCGUAGAACAAAAAACAAACUAAGAGAAACUCCAUCGUUCCUAAGAAUAUCUGUUUUUGAAAAUGUCGUCGCUACUCUCAGAUCUUAUCAACCUUAACCUAUCUGAAACCACCGAGAAGGUGAUCGCUGAAUACAUAUGGGUCGGUGGAUCUGGUAUGGACAUGAGGAGCAAAGGAAGGACUCUCCCUGGACCUGUUGAAGACCCUUCAAAGCUUCCCAAGUGGAACUAUGAUGGUUCCAGCACUGGUCAAGCUUCUGGAGAUGAUAGUGAAGUGAUCUUGCAUCCUCAAGCAAUUUUCAAGGAUCCAUUCAGGAGGGGAAAGAAUAUCUUGGUUAUGUGUGAUGCCUACACUGCUGCUGGAGAACCCAUUCCCACUAACAAGAGACACGCUGCUGCUAAGAUUUUCAGCCAUCCUGAUGUUGUUGCUGAAGAACCAUGGUAUGGUAUUGAGCAAGAAUACACCUUGUUGCAGAAAGAUGCACACUGGCCUCUUGGAUGGCCUAAGGGCGGUUUUCCUGGACCUCAGGGACCAUACUAUUGUGGUGUUGGUGCUGAAAAGGCAUUAGGGCGUGAUAUUGUUGAUGCACAUUACAAAGCAUGCCUUUAUGCUGGCAUUAACAUCAGUGGUGUUAAUGGAGAAGUUAUGCCUAGCCAGUGGGAAUUUCAAGUAGGUCCAGUUGUUGGCAUCUCUGCUGGUGAUGAGGUUUGGGUUGCUCGUUACCUUUUGGAGAGGGUUUGUGAGCUUGCCGGGGCAGUGCUUUCUUUUGACCCUAAACCAAUUAAGGGUGAUUGGAAUGGUGCUGGUGCUCACGUUAAUUACAGCACCAAAACAAUGAGAAAUAAUGGUGGCUACGAAGUGAUUAAAAAAGCAAUUGGUAAUUUAGAGAAGAGACACAAAGAGCACAUUGCUGCUUAUGGAGAAGGCAAUGAGCGUCGUUUGACUGGACGUCAUGAAACUGCUGACAUCAACACCUUCAAAUGGGGUGUUGCGAACCGUGGUGCUUCUGUUAGGGUAGGAAGGGAGACUGAGAAAGCAGGGAAGGGAUAUUUUGAGGACAGAAGGCCUGGAUCUAACAUGAAUCCGUAUGUGGUCACAUCCAUGAUAGCAGAGACAACCAUCCUCUGGAAACCAUGAACAACCUUGGAAUUACCAGCACAUAUUAGUACUAAGUUGUGAUAUUUUGCUUUUAUUAAUUUGCUUGUUUUUCCUUAGGACUUUUUAGUCGCAUGAUGUUUAAUUAUGGGCUUGUUUGACUUUGGUUUCCAUUGCUUUAUGAGAGUCACUUUGCUUC